GGAACGUAUCAAAUUUUAGUGCUGACAAACAAAGCUUAAUUGGUGUGAGAGACUGUUGGUUGCAUGAUUACAAAUUUUAGCUGACUGGAUUCAUUAGUAUAGUUCAGAUAAAUUCGUUACUGGUUUUACUCGUCUCGUAUUUACCCAGACGAAUCAAGCGCCGAUUCGUAACGGUUUCAACCGUUUUAUGAAAAUUGGUCGCAUUUUUCAUAAUAAAAGUAAAUUUCUAAGUUGAAAUCUCAAAGGUUUGGUCAAUCUGAGCAUAGACACCCUUAGUCGGAAUGCAAGGAUUCAAUUCGUAAAAAAAACAGCUAGCCAUUGCCACGCCAUUGAUAACUUGAAUUCUUUGUUACCUCAAUAGUCUGCCGGGCAGUGCUAGCUUUCGUUAAGUAGACUUCGAGUAGUCCCUCUUUCGCUUAGUCCGUCGUGCGUAUUCUAUCGUUACGGGGCUAGCAGUUAAGAUGCCCCCAGGUGCACCCUAUGUGUAUGAAGCUAGGGAGACUGGCCGCACGAAAGGGUUACCUUUUUCAGGUUUCAGGUAUAUAAAAGGGUCAGGGAUUCCACAAGUUGAGGUAUAUGAAAGGGUAGGGAAAUCUGUCAUUUAGUUAAUUGAAAGGGUCUUUAACAAACGCACUUUAUGGCUGUAUCAUUUAAUUUAUUAAGCAUUACAUGAAAAUGACAAGAAGAUUUCCUUUUUUGGCGAUUUAUUAAUAAUACCAGGUUAGUUAUGAAAUUAGGGUGAAACUGGUAUUUUUUUUCAAUCAUUAAAGGCAUACGAAAGGGAUACUUUUUCUGUCAAAAUGGUAUACAAAAGGGCUGGUAAGGAGCUGCGCGCACUUCGGGACUGAGCCUCGCCAUAUAAGACGUUGUAGAGUACUUUGUAGGUUAAUGCUUUGAGUAAUCAUCAAAUUCAAAGAACUACGAAAUUAAAAGAAAUACAUGGCUUUCAUUAAUUUAGAAUUUCUUUAGACUAGAAGGUCUCAUUCGUGAUGUUUUUUUGACAGAGAAAAAGCAGACAAAGAAAAAUUAUCAGUAAUGAUACGGGUGGCAGUUGCGUUCAUCUUGCUCAUUUACCUUGCAAUGGCGUUUAAAUUAGAAAAAGAGCGCCUAGCAUUUGAAGAUCAACCAGACGCACAAGAUGAACUAGAUGAGCAAGAACAACAAUAUGAAGCAAGGGAGCGAGCCCGUGAGCGAGAUGACCCAGACGAACAAGAUAAAGGUGAACAAGAUGAAGCAAAUGAGCCUUAUGAGGGACAAGAUGACUUACACGAUGAGGAACAAGACGAAUAUGUACUGAAUGAAACAACUGAUCGAGAUGAACAGAAGGAGCGAGAUGAACAAGACAAAAAUGAAGAGGAUAAUAAGCUCGAAAGCCUCGAGGAAAGAUUCUUUGGUCAAGAUUAUUGUUGCACGCACGAGUGCUUUUACACGCCCCCAGAAUGCUUCACGAACUUGAGAAUAUUAUCUUCGACAUGAGAGCAAGAUAUUCAAUGGGUUGCUUUAAACAUUGCUAACAAGUAGUACGGUGAAGAGACCUCUUUUUUUGGCUCUGAAGAAUCAGUCCCAACGUGAUUAGGGUCAGAUCGCUAAAGCAUGAAAGCGAUAGCAUUAGCUAGUAUUGUCUGCAGGCAAUUAGUGGUAUUUUCAGACUUCUUUGAUAACGGAAACACAUUCGUAUUUAACCUGAAUGCCGCCCUCGCCCAUUUAAGUUGCUUCACGCACGUGAAGCGAAGGAGAUAGGAAACCUCUAAUGUGAAUGCAAAUCUUAUUUAUAGUGGUCAUACAUUUAGCUAUACAAGCACUAAGCUUAGCUAGUUUACA